AACAGCUUUCUGAGCGAGCAACCGAGACCAGGGAGGUCACAGCAGCUGCCGAACCAUCGACAGACUGGACAUCGGCUCACCGCUGAGGCAUGGCUCCUACAUUCCAGGGCGGCAAACCGACCGGCGGCCGGAAGCGCCUGCUGACGGUCAUCUCUGAGGCGCUCAAGCAGCUGGGGGACGGCCGCGGCUCGUCUCCCAAGCAGAUACUCGCCUGGGUGGAGAAGAACCCCACCGUCGCCAAACGGGUGGACGAGCCGCGCCUGCUGCACGCGCUGAAGAGGGCCGUGGAGGCGGGGGUGCUGACGGCCCGCGGCGGCCGCUACAAGCUGGCGGCGCGCAGCGACGACCGCGAGCUGUGCUGCCGCAGGCGCCGCCGCCGCAGCUGCAGGAGGAGGCGCCGCCGCAGCUGCAGGAGGAGACGCCGCCGCAGCUGCCGCAGGCGCCGCCGCCGCAGCUGUCGCCGGCGCCGCCGCCGCAGCUGCCGCAGGCGCCGCCGCCGCUCUUGCAGACGUAGGAGGAGGAGGAGCUGUCGCAGGCGGCGUCGCCGUUCCUGCCGGCGCAGGAGGCGAAGCUGCCGCCGCCGACGACGACGCUCCUGUAGGAGGCGCCGCCGCCGCUGCAGCAGCGAUCCGGAGGCGGCGUCCCUGGCCAGCGUAGACGGCGCUGCUGGCCAGACGUCUGGCGGCUCGGGACAACCUCAGCAGCAUGCGAUGCAGCAGAACUAAUUGUGUCAUUGUCCCCUCCCACUAGUGCUCGCUGUACCAUGAAAAUCUUGAGUCAAUAAAAUUUUAAAUAGUAAA